ACCCACCGGCCAUUAUCCGCAGAAUACGAGCGUUUCUUUCGUUUUGAGGCCGUUCUGAUCCAUCUCUUUGAGACCAUGGACGAGGCAUCCCCGCCGUCUCUGACUGAUCUGUGCAUGACUCUGGUGAGCUCCAGGCUGGAGCUCUUCUGUGAGAUGCGUGAUGACGGCUCGCUCUCCUUCCGUGAGCCGCUGGUCUUCCCGCAGGAGCUGGCCGACCAACUGCUCUGCAAGAUGGCCACUGAGGGCCUGUUGAAUGACAGCACAGUGGGAAUCUUCCGAAGCUGCCAGCAGUUCCGGUUGCGUCACGCCUGCAUCCGCACAGCCCGAAUCUCCGCCGAGGCCUUCCACCGUGCCCUCUGCCUGCACCGCCUCGUGGAGCUAGAUGCUUCACGGGUCAACGCUGACCUCACCAUUGCCGACAUCCUUCGAGGUUUAUCAUCCAGUAAAACCUUGCAGGAGAGUCUGCAGCGGCUCGUCCUGAACGGCCUGACCAUGUCUUCUCUGGAGGAGCCCAGCUGUCGCUGUUUCAGUGCCAUGCAGGGGCUGCGUGCACUCAGUGUGUCCAGUGUCGACUUCUACGACUCGGGCUUGGUGGAUGUGUGCACGCUGCCUCGCUUGGAGAGUUUGGAUAUCUCCAACACCUCAGUGACGAACCUGACCCCGCUCCUGGGCUUGAGAAGCAGGCUACGCUACCUCACCAUGCACCAGCUCAAGAGACUGGAGAUGACCACCGCUCAACUGCUGGCUGUGCUUAGUCAGCUGGAGGGUUUACAGCACCUUGAUAUCUCAGACGAUAAGCAGUUCACAUCCGACGUGGCGCGGCAGCUUCUGGAGACUCCUGGCAUCCUGCCCCAGCUGGUGUCUCUGGAUGUUUCGGGCCGCAAGCAGGUGACUGAUGCAGCGGUCAGGGCUUUCGUGGAGGCGAGACCGGGCAUGACCUUUGUUGGUCUGCUGGCCACCGAUGCCGGAUUCUCUGACUUCCUGUCUGGAGAGGGCAGCUUAAAGGUGACUGGAGAGGCCAAUGAGACUCAGAUCUGUGAGGCAUUGAGAAGAUACAGUGAGAGAGAGGGCUUUGUCAGAGAAGCUCUCUUCCACCUCUUCAGCCUCACUCAUGCCAUUGAGAAACCACGACCUGACAUCCUGAAGUUGGUAGCAUUAGGGAUGAAGAAUCAUCCGGCCACACUGAACGUGCAGCUGGCAGCCAGUGCCUGUGUGUUCAACCUCACGAAACAGGAACUGGCCUUUGGAAUCCCUGUGCGACUCCUGGGGAACGUCACACAGCUGCUACUCGAAGCCAUGAAGACCUUCCCCAACCACCAGCAGCUGCAGAAGAACUGCUUGCUGUCUCUAUGCAGUGAUCGAAUCUUGCAGGAAGUUCCCUUCAACAGGUUUGAAGCUGCCAAGCUGGUCAUGCAGUGGCUGUGUAACCACGAGGAUCAGAACAUGCAGAGGAUGGCUGUGGCUAUUAUCUCCAUCCUUGCUGCCAAGUUGUCCACUGAGCAAACUGCACAAUUAGGAGCUGAGCUUUUUAUCGUAAAGCAACUCCUGCACAUUGUGCGGCAGAAAACGUGUCAGGGUAUCGUGGACGCCACGUUGAAGUUCACACUCAGUGCUCUGUGGAACCUCACAGAUGAANNNNGAAAAACAUAACUGUACUUUGUUAAAAACCUGCCUUGAAGUUCUCAUCUGAAAAUAUCUCUGUUUUUCAAGUCCUUUCCAUCAGAGUCAUCCAUUCAACAGAAGAUCCUGGGUUUACUGAAUAAUAUCGCCGAGGUGGGGGAGUUGCACGGUGAGCUGAUGGUUCAAAGUUUUCUGGAUCACAUUCGCUCUCUGCUGCACAGUCCAGAGGUGGAGGUCAGUUAUUUUGCCGCAGGCAUCUUGGCCCACCUCACCUCACGGGGCGAGAAGGUGUGGACCCUCGACCUGUCACUCAGGAACACACUGCUAGAGCAACUGCAUUCGGCGAUUCUGAAGUGGCCAUCGCCGGAAUGUGAGAUGGUAGCGUACAGGUCGUUCAACCCUUUCUUCCCUUUACUGGAGUGCUUCCAGACCCCAGGAGUCCAGCUGUGGGCCGCAUGGGCCAUGCAGCACGUCUGCAGCAAAAAUGCAGGCCGGUACUGCAGCAUGUUACUGGAGGAGGGAGGACUGCAGCAGCUAGAGGCCGUGAGGUCACAUCCCAAAACCCACAGCGACGUGCUGCGAUUGGCUGAAAGCAUCCUUGACAGUUUGCAUCGCCACAAGGCGCGCACAGGAUACACAGGACCGCCCAAAAUACACACGCAUAGAGAGAAAAACGUUCCAUGACAAGAUCAGUGGUCUCUGGAUAGGACACCA